UCUUGCCAACCAUUGAAUGCGGAGAUAACCCGUAAUACCUGAUCACAGUUAGGAACAAAAGAAACAAGAAUAGAAACUGAGAUGAAGCUGUUUGUUCUCGGCGCCACUGGUGGAUGCGGCAAGGAGCUGGUCAAGCAGGCCCUGGAAGCUGGACAUCAAGUGACCGCAGUGGUCAGAAACCCGGACAAGGUCAAAAUGCGGGACGACAACUUAACGAUAAUCAAGGGGGACGUCUCAAGCGAGGCCUCACUGGCUGACGGGAUGAAGGACCAAGACGCUGUGAUUUCGUGCCUCGGCGCCAUGCCUACUGAGGACACCAAGGCCAAGUUUACCUUCUUCUCGGACUCCAUACGGGUCAUCGUAGGCGCCAUGAGAGCGGCUGGGGUGGACAGACUCGUGUGCAUUACUGCCUGGUGUACUGUACGAGUUCCAGAGGCCCCUGAGAGAAUCAAGUCUUUCUGGUACCCGUCCUACGUGGGCGUUGUCACGGAGGACCAGGGAAGGAUGGAGAAGUAUCUGGCCGAGGAGGCCAAGGAUAUCCGCUACACGUGCGUGAGACCCCCAGAACUGAACGAGGAGCCUCUCUCUGGCAAGCCGAUCAUAGCAAAGGAGGCGUACUGUAUAGAUCUGAACGAAGGCUUGAUUGGGAUUCCUAGGGCCAAUGUCGCCUGUUUUAUGCUGUCCAUGUUAACUACGACAGUGUGGGACUGGAAGGGAGUGGCCAUAGCACUGCAAAAGUGAACCCCGCCCGAGCUUAAGUUUCUGACAUUAGCAUCCGAGAAAAACAGAGGGUCUGUUGCCCAAAACGACUAACAAAACAAAGAAGUAAACCAUCGGCCCUAACAAAGACUGCUAAGGCUUAUAAACGACUGUUAUAUUCAUUCAUUAAACUCUUCCUAUUUAAUAAAGCCAUUAGAUCAAAUCUGAUACAAUGAUAUUUACUUUCAGUAAGCCAAGAAACGUGUGCCAAAAACAAUUCUUGUCUGGCGCUCGAUCGUUGAAAAAAAGA